GCCGGCAGGAAUCCUCAGAGCCAGGCGCCGGAGCCACAUUGCUGAGCCCGUGCCCUUGAGUUUAGCGCCGGAGGUUGCCUGCCUACCGCUGGCCACUGUUGCCGCCUGUGCUCAGAGAGCCUCUUUGGCCACCUUGCUGUGCCCCACCUGCUGCCCUUGCCCUUGUGCUGACCACUUGGAACCUGGCAGCCAUGGUGGCUGGCAUGCUCAUGCCACUAGACCAGCUUCGGGCCAUCUAUGAGGUGCUCUUCCGUGAGGGGGUGAUGGUGGCCAAGAAGGAUCGAAGGCCCCGAAGUCUGCACCCCCACGUGCCUGGCGUUACCAACCUGCAGGUCAUCCGUGCUAUGGCCUCCCUGCGGGCUCGGGGCCUGGUAAGGGAGACCUUUGCCUGGCGCCACUUCUACUGGUACCUAACCAAUGAGGGCAUCGCUCACCUACGCCAGUACUUGCACCUGCCACCGGAGAUUGUGCCAGCCUCUCUGCAGCGUGUGCGCCGCCCUGUUGCCAUGGUGAUGCCUGCACGUCGCACCCCACAUGUGCAGUCUGUGCAGGGCCCCCUGGGCUGCCCACCCAAGCGGGCACCUCUGCUGGCUGAAGACCCUGCCCGAGAGGAACGGCGGAUCUACCGCAGGAAGGAGCCUGAGGAAGGGGCACCUGAAACUCCUGUGGUGGCUGCCACCACCCCAGGGACCCUGGCCACGCCCAUCCCAGAGCCUCCCCCAACCACAGAUGAGCGGGACCGUGUCCAGAAGAAAACCUUCACCAAGUGGGUCAACAAACACCUCAUCAAGCACUGGAGGGCAGAGGCCCAGAGGCACAUCAGUGACCUGUACGAAGACCUCCGAGAUGGCCACAACCUCAUCUCCCUGCUGGAGGUCCUCUCUGGGGACAGCUUGCCCCGGGAGAAGGGGAGGAUGCGCUUCCACAAGCUGCAGAAUGUCCAGAUUGCCCUGGACUACCUCCGGCACCGCCAGGUGAAGCUGGUGAAUAUCAGGAAUGAUGAUAUUGCUGACGGCAACCCCAAGCUGACCCUUGGCCUGAUCUGGACCAUCAUCCUGCAUUUCCAGAUCUCAGACAUCCAGGUGAGUGGGCAGUCGGAGGACAUGACGGCCAAGGAGAAGCUGCUGCUGUGGUCACAGCGCAUGGUAGAGGGCUACCAGGGCCUGCGCUGUGAUAACUUCACCUCCAGCUGGCGUGAUGGCCGCCUCUUCAAUGCCAUCAUCCAUCGGCACAAACCUAUGCUCAUUGACAUGAAUAAAGUAUAUCACCAGACCAACCUAGAGAACCUGGACCAGGCUUUCUCUGUGGCAGAGCGAGACCUGGGCGUGACUCGGCUCCUGGACCCUGAGGAUGUUGAUGUCCCGCAGCCUGAUGAAAAGUCCAUCAUCACCUAUGUCUCAUCCCUUUAUGAUGCCAUGCCCCGUGUGCCUGGGGCACAGGAUGGAGUGAGGGCCAAUGAGCUACAGCUCCGCUGGCAGGAGUACCGGGAGCUGGUUCUGCUGCUGCUACAGUGGAUCCGGCACCACACAGCUGCCUUUGAGGAACGAAAAUUCCCCUCCAGCUUUGAAGAGAUAGAGAUCCUGUGGUGCCAAUUCCUCAAGUUUAAGGAGACAGAGCUUCCAGCCAAGGAGGCUGACAAGAACCGGUCCAAGGGGAUCUACCAGUCCCUGGAGGGUGCAGUGCAAGCAGGUCAGCUCAAGGUGCCCCCCGGCUACCACCCGCUGGAUGUGGAGAAGGAGUGGGGCAAGCUGCACGUGGCCAUCCUGGAGCGGGAAAAGCAACUCCGGAGCGAGUUUGAGAGACUGGAGUGUCUUCAGCGCAUUGUGAGCAAGUUACAGAUGGAGGCUGGGCUGUGCGAAGAGCAGCUGAAUCAGGCCGACGCCCUGCUGCAGUCGGAUGUCCGGCUACUGGCUUCAGGCAAGACACCGCAGCGGGCAGGGGAGGUGGAGCGGGACUUGGACAAGGCUGAUGGCAUGAUCCGGCUGCUGUUCAACGAUGUGCAAACCCUCAAAGAUGGGCGGCACCCGCAGGGCGAGCAGAUGUACCGCAGAGUAUACCGUCUGCACGAGCGCCUGGUGGCCAUUCGCACAGAGUACAACCUCCGGCUGAAGGCGGGCGUGGCUGCUCCUGUGACCCAGGUGACCCUGCAGAGUGUACAGAGGCGGCCGGAACUGGAGGAUUCCACCCUGCGCUACCUGCAGGACCUACUGGCCUGGGUGGAGGAGAACCAGCGCCGGGUGGACAGUGCUGAGUGGGGCGUGGACUUGCCCAGUGUGGAGGCGCAGCUGGGGAGCCACCGAGGCCUGCAUCAGUCCAUUGAGGAGUUCCGGGCCAAGAUCGAGCGGGCGCGGAAUGACGAGGGCCAGCUCUCUCCUGCCACUCGGGGUGCCUACCGAGACUGCCUGGGUCGCUUGGACCUGCAGUAUGCCAAGCUGCUGAAUUCCUCCAAGGCCCGGCUCCGUGCCCUGGAGAGCCUUCACGGCUUUGUGGCAGCUGCCACCAAGGAGCUGAUGUGGCUGAAUGAGAAGGAAGAGGAGGAGGUGGGCUUCGACUGGAGUGACCGCAACACCAACAUGGCUGCCAAGAAGGAGAGCUAUUCGGCCCUGAUGCGUGAGCUGGAGCUGAAGGAGAAGAAAAUCAAAGAGAUACAGAACACUGGAGACCGGCUACUGCGGGAGGACCAUCCUGCCCGGCCCACGGUGGAGUCCUUCCAGGCUGCCUUGCAGACUCAGUGGAGCUGGAUGCUGCAGCUGUGUUGCUGCAUCGAGGCGCACUUGAAGGAGAACACCGCCUACUUUCAGUUCUUCUCAGAUGUACGGGAGGCUGAGGAGCAGCUGCAGAAGCUGCAAGAGACACUGCGUAGGAAGUACAGCUGUGACCGCUCCAUCACCGUCACCCGACUUGAGGACCUGUUACAAGAUGCCCAGGAUGAAAAAGAGCAGCUAAAUGACUACAAGGGGCACCUCUCUGGUCUGGCCAAAAGGGCCAAGGCCAUCGUGCAGCUGAAGCCCCGCAACCCAGCCUACCCCGUGCGAGGCCAUGUGGCCCUGCUGGCCGUGUGUGACUACAAGCAGGUGGAGGUGACCAUGCAUAAAGGUGACCAGUGCCAGCUGGUGGGACCUGCACAGCCAUCCCACUGGAAGGUGCUCAGCAGCUCUGGCAGCGAGGCUGCUGUGCCCUCCGUAUGCUUCCUCGUGCCCCCGCCCAACCAGGAUGCCCUGGAGGCCAUCACCAGGCUGGAGGCCCAGCACCAGGCCCUGGUUGCACUGUGGCACCAGCUGCACGUGGACAUGAAGAGCCUUCUGGCAUGGCAGAACCUCAGCCGGGAUGUGCAGCUCAUCCGCUCUUGGUCCCUUGUCACGUUCCGAACACUGAAGCCAGAGGAGCAGCGCCAUGCUCUGCGCAGCCUGGAGCUCCACUAUCAGGCCUUCCUGCGGGACAGCCAGGAUGCCGGCGGCUUUGGGCCUGAGGACCGGCUGGCAGCAGAGCGCGAGUACAGCUCUUGCAGCCGCCACUACCAGCAGCUGCUACAGAACCUGGAGCAGGGUGAGCAGGAGGAGUCUCGCUGCCAGCGCUGCAUCUCAGAGCUCAAGGACAUCCGGCUGCAGCUAGAGGCCUGCGAGACGCGCACCGUGCACCGGCUGCGGCUUCCCCUAGACAAGGAACCUGCGAAGGAGUGUGCCCAGCGUAUUGCUGAGCAGCAGAAAGCGCAGGCUGAGGUAGAGGGACUGGGCAAGGGGGUUGCCCGGCUUUCUGCCGAGGCUGAGAAGGUCCUGGCCCUGCCCGAGCCAUCAUCAGCUGCCCCCGUUCUACGCUCGGAGCUGGAGCUGACCCUUGGCAAGCUGGAGCAGGUCCGCAGCCUCUCUGCCAUCUACUUGGAGAAGCUUAAGACCAUCAGCCUGGUGAUCCGCAGCACUCAGGGAGCUGAGGAGAUGCUCAGGGCCCACGAGGAGCAGCUCAAGGAAAUGCAGACUGUGCCUGCCACCCUCCCAGAGCUCGAGGCCACAAAGGCUUCCCUAAAGAAACUUCGGGCCCAGGCAGAGGCACAGCAGCCCGUGUUUGAUGCCCUGAAGGACGAGCUUCGGGGGGCACAGGAAGUAGGCGAGCGGCUGCAGCAGCGGCAUGGGGAACGGGACGUGGAGGUGGAGCGCUGGCGUGAGCGGGUCACCCAGCUGCUGGAGCGUUGGCAAGCUGUGCUGACCCAGACUGAUGUGCGCCAGCGGGAGCUGGAGCAGCUGGGCCGCCAACUGCGCUACUACCGAGAGAGUGCCGACCCGCUGAGCGCCUGGCUACAGGAUGCCAGGCGGCGUCAGGAGCAGAUCCAGGCUGUGCCCAUGGCCAAUAGCCGGGCUGUGCGGGAACAGCUGCAGCAGGAAAAGGCUCUGCUGGAAGAAAUUGAGCGCCACGGUGAGAAGGUCGAGGAGUGCCAGAGGUUUGCCAAGCAGUACAUCAACGCCAUUAAGGAUUAUGAGCUCCAUCUGGUCACGUACAAGGCACAGCUUGAGCCAGUGGCCUCCCCAGCCAAGAAGCCCAAGGUCCAGUCUGGGUCGGAGAGCGUAAUCCAGGAGUAUGUGGACCUUCGUACGCGCUACAGUGAGCUGACCACGCUCACAAGCCAGUACAUCAAAUUCAUCACUGAGACGUUGCGGCGCAUGGAGGAGGAGGAGAGGCUGGCCGAGCAGCAGCGGGCAGAGGAGCGGGAGCGACUGGCAGAGGUGGAGGCUGCGCUGGAGAAGCAGCGGCAGCUGGCCGAGGCACAUGCCCAGGCCAAGGUGCAGGCGGAGCUGGAGGCACAGGAACUGCAACGGCGAAUGCAGGAGGAGGUGGCACGGCGGGAAGAAGCAGCAGUGGACGCGCAGCAGCAGAAACGCAGUAUCCAGGAAGAGCUGCAGCAUCUGCGGCAGAGCUCGGAGGCAGAAAUCCAGGCCAAGACCCAGCAGGUGGAGGCGGCUGAACGAAACAGGCUGCGCAUCGAGGAGGAGAUCCGCGUAGUGCGCCUUCAGCUGGAGACGACUGAGCGCCAGCGUGGUGGGGCAGAGGGUGAGCUGCAGGCUCUGCGUGCACGAGCAGAGGAAGCGGAAGCACAGAAGCGGCAGGCACAGGAGGAGGCUGAGCGCUUGCGGAGGCAGGUGCAGGAGGAGAGCCAGCGUAAGCGUCAAGCAGAAGCAGAGCUGGCCCUGCGUGUGAAGGCUGAGGCUGAGGCAGCUCGAGAGAAACAGAGGGCUCUGAAGUCACUGGAGGAGCUGCGACUGCAGGCCGAGGAGGCAGAGAGGCGGCUACGGCAGGCAGAGGCAGAGCGGGCACGCCAAGUGCAGGUAGCCCUUGAGACAGCUCAACGUAGCGCAGAGGCAGAAUUGCAGAGCAAGCGUGCCUCCUUCGCAGAGAAGACUGCACAGCUGGAGCGCACCCUACAGGAAGAGCAUGUGACAGUGGCCCAGCUGCGGGAGGAGGCGGAGCGGCGGGCACAGCAGCAGGCAGAAGCUGAACAUGCUCGUGAGGAGGCUGAGCGGGAGCUGGAGCGCUGGCAGCUAAAGGCCAAUGAGGCACUGAGGCUGCGGCUGCAGGCAGAGGAGGUGGCACAGCAGAAGAGCUUGGCGCAGGCUGAGGCCGAGAAGCAGAAAGAGGAGGCAGAGCGUGAGGCCCGGCGGCGUGGUAAGGCGGAAGAGCAGGCUGUGCGGCAGCGGGAGCUGGCCGAGCAGGAGCUAGAGAAACAGCGACAGCUGGCAGAGGGCACUGCACAGCAGCGCCUGGCAGCCGAGCAGGAGCUAAUUCGCCUACGAGCUGAGACCGAGCAGGGGGAACAGCAGCGGCAGCUGCUGGAAGAGGAGCUGGCCCGGCUGCAGCGUGAGGCAGCCGAAGCCACACAGAAGCGCCGGGAGCUGGAGGCAGAACUGGCUAAGGUGAGGGCGGAGAUGGAGGUGCUGCUAGCUAGCAAGGCUCGAGCUGAGGAAGAGUCCCGCUCCACCAGCGAGAAGUCCAAGCAGAGGCUAGAAGCCGAAGCCAGCCGGUUCCGUGAGCUGGCUGAGGAGGCUGCCCGCCUACGAGCCCUGGCUGAGGAGGCCAAGCGGCAGCGGCAGCUGGCUGAGGAGGACGCGCAACGCCAGCGGGCCGAGGCGGAGCGGGUGCUUGCUGAGAAACUGGCUGCCAUCAGCGAGGCCACGCGACUUAAGACGGAGGCAGAGAUUGUGCUCAAGGAGAAGGAGGCAGAGAAUGAACGUCUGCGGCGGCUGGCAGAGGAUGAGGCCUUCCAGAGGCGGAAGCUGGAGGAGCAGGCAGCACAGCACAAGGCUGACAUUGAGGAACGCCUUGCCCAGCUGCGCAAGGCUUCGGAGAGUGAGCUUGAGCGGCAGAAGGGGCUGGUGGAGGACACACUGAGGCAGCGGCGGCUGGUGGAGGAAGAGAUCCUUGCACUGAAGGUGAGCUUUGAGAAAGCUACGGCCGGCAAGGCGGAGCUGGAGCUGGAGCUGGGGCGCAUCCGCAGCAAUGCAGAGGACACAUUGCGCAGCAAGGAGCAGGCGGAACUGGAGGCUGCUCGGCAGCGGCAGUUGGCGGCAGAGGAGGAGCAGCGGCGCCGAGAGGCUGAAGAGCGUGUGCAGAAGAGCCUGGCAGCUGAGGAGGAGGCCGCAAGGCAGCGCAAGGCUGCGCUGGAGGAAGUCGAGCGGCUCAAGGCCAAAGUGGAAGAGGCCCGGCGCCUGCGGGAGCGAGCGGAACAGGAGUCAGCUCGGCAGCUACAGUUGGCCCAAGACGCUGCCCAGAAGCGACUACAGGCAGAGGAGAAGGCACAUGCCUUUGUGGUGCAGCAGCGAGAGCAGGAGCUGCAGCAGACGCUGCAGCAGGAGCAGAGCAUGCUAGAGCGGCUGCGUGGCGAGGCAGAGGCAGCUCGGCGAGCAGCUGAGGAGGCCGAGGAGGCCCGACAGCAUGCUGAGCGGGAGGCAGCGCAAUCUCUGCGGCAGGUGGAAGAGGCAGAGCGGCUGAAGCAGUUGGCAGAGGAGCAGGCCCAGGCCCAGGCCCAGGCCCAGGCUGCUGCGGAGAAGCUGCGCAAAGAAGCCGAGCAGGAGGCAGCACGGAGGGCACAGGCAGAGCAGGCAGCCCUGAAGCAGAAGCAGGCAGCUGAUGCGGAGAUAGAGAAGCACAAGAAGUUCUCAGAGCAGACGCUACGGCAGAAGGCCCAGGUGGAGCAGGAGCUGACGACACUGCGGCUGCAGCUGGAGGAGACUGACCACCAGAAGAGCAUCUUGGAUGAGGAGCUGCAGCGGCUGAAGGCAGAGGUGACAGAGGCUGCCCGCCAGCGCAGCCAGGUGGAGGAGGAGCUCUUUUCUGUGCGCGUGCAGAUGGAGGAACUGAGCAAGCUCAAGGCACGCAUCGAGGCUGAGAACCGUGCGCUUAUCUUGCGUGACAAGGACAAUACACAGCGCUUCCUAGAGGAGGAAGCUGAGAAGAUGAAGCAGGUGGCUGAAGAGGCCGCACGGCUGAGUGUGGCUGCCCAGGAGGCUGCGCGGCUGCGGCAGCUGGCAGAGGAGGACCUGGCACAGCAGCGGGCCCUAGCGGAGAAGAUGCUCAAGGAAAAGAUGCAGGCAGUACAGGAGGCCACACGGCUCAAGGCUGAGGCAGAGCUUCUACAGCAGCAGAAGGAGCUGGCACAGGAGCAGGCCCGGCAGCUGCAAGAGGACAAGGAGCAGAUGGCACAGCAGCUGGAACAGGAGACCCAGGGCUUUCAGCGGACACUGGAGGCAGAGAGACAGCGGCAGCUGGAAAUGAGCGCAGAAGCUGAGCGCCUCAAGCUGCGCGUGGCUGAGAUGAGCCGGGCCCAGGCCCGUGCAGAGGAAGAUGCCCAGCGCUUCCGGAAGCAGGCUGAGGAGAUUGGCGAGAAGUUACACCGAACUGAGCUUGCCACACAGGAGAAGGUGACACUGGUACACACUCUGGAGAUCCAGAGGCAGCAGAGUGACCAAGAUGCUGAACGCCUACGGGAGGCUAUUGCUGAGCUGGAGCGUGAAAAGGAGAAGCUCAAGCAGGAGGCCAAGUUGCUGCAGCUCAAGUCUGAGGAGAUGCAGACAGUGCAACAGGAGCAGAUGCUGCAGGAGACACAGGCCCUGCAACAGAGCUUCCUCUCCGAGAAAGACAGUCUGCUACAGCGAGAGCGCUUCAUUGAGCAAGAGAAAGCCAAGUUGGAGCAACUUUUCCAGGAUGAGGUGGCCAAGGCACAGCAGCUUCGUGAGGAACAGCGGCGGCAACAGGAGCAGAUGGAGCAGGAGAAGAAGCAGUUGGUGGCUAGUAUGGAGGAGGCCCGGCGGCGGCAGCAUGAGGCAGAGGAGGGUGUGCGACGCAAACAGGAGGAGCUGCAGUGCCUGGAACAGCAGAGACAGCAGCAAGAGAAGCUGCUGGCUGAGGAGAACCAGAGGCUGCGUGAGCGGCUGCAGCGCCUGGAGGAGGAGCACCGGGCUGCCCUGGCACACUCGGAAGAGAUUGCCGCCUUGCAGGCCACUGCUGUAAAGGCCUUGCCUAAUGGCCGGGAUACCCCUGAUGGCCCAGCUGCGGAGGUGGAGCCUGAGCAUACCUUCCAGGGCUUGCGCCAGAGGGUGCCAGCUCAACGACUGCAGGAGGCCGGCAUCCUGAGUACAGAGGAACUACAACGGCUAGCACAGGGCCAUACCACGGUGGCUGAGUUGGCAAGACGGGAAGAUGUGCAGCGGUACCUGCAGGGCCGCAGCAGCAUUGCAGGACUCCUGCUGAAGCCUACCAAUGAGAAGUUGAGUGUCUACACGGCCCUGCAGAGGCAGCUGCUGAGCCCUGGCACAGCCCUCAUCUUGCUUGAGGCCCAAGCUGCUUCCGGUUUCCUACUGGACCCUGUGAGGAAUCGACGGCUGACUGUCAAUGAGGCCGUGAAGGAGGGUGUUGUGGGCCCUGAGCUACACCAUAAGCUGCUAUCAGCUGAGCGUGCUGUCACUGGCUACAAGGAUCCCUACACUGGGGAGCAGAUCUCGCUUUUCCAGGCCAUGCAGAAGGACCUCAUUGUGCGUGACCACGGCAUCCGCCUGUUGGAGGCUCAGAUCGCCACGGGCGGCAUCAUCGACCCUGUACACAGCCACCGCCUGCCUGUGGAUGUGGCCUACCAGCGUGGUUACUUCGAUGAGGCAAUGAGCCGUAUCCUGUCCGACCCCAGCGAUGACACCAAGGGCUUCUUCGACCCCAACACACAUGAGAACCUCACCUACCUACAACUGUUGGAGCGCUGUGUGGAAGACCCUGAGACAGGUCUGUGCCUUCUGCCGCUCACAGAUAAGGCUGCCAAGGGCGGUGAGCUGGUCUACACCGACUCAGAGGCCCGAGAUGUCUUUGAGAAAGCCACCGUGUCUGCACCGUUUGGCAAGUUUCAGGGCAAGACAGUGACCAUCUGGGAGAUCAUCAACUCAGAGUACUUCUCGGCAGAGCAGCGGCGGGACCUGCUGCGGCAGUUCCGCACAGGUCGUAUUACGGUCGAGAAGAUCAUCAAAAUAGUCAUCACCGUGGUGGAGGAGCACGAGAGGAAGGGCCAGCUCUGCUUUGAGGGCCUUCGAGCUUUGGUGCCUGCCGCUGAGCUGCUGGAGAGCAGGGUCAUUGAUCGUGACCUCUACCAACAGCUGCAGCAGGGCAAGCGCUCUGUGCGAGAAGUGGCCGAAGUGGAGGCUGUGCGGCGGGCCCUGCGGGGUGCCAGUGUCAUUGCAGGCGUGUGGCUGGAGGAAGCGGGGCAAAAGCUGAGCAUCUAUGAGGCCCUGAAAAAAGGCCUGCUGCAGCCAGAUGUGGCGGUGGCCCUGCUGGAGGCCCAGGCUGGCACCGGACACAUGAUUGACCCUGCCACUAGUGCCCGGCUGACCGUGGAUGAGGCAGUGCGUGCUGGCCUGGUGGGCCCUGAGCUGCACGAAAAGCUACUGUCAGCUGAGAAGGCUGUAACAGGCUAUAGGGACCCCUAUUCGGGCCAGAGUGUCUCUCUGUUUCAGGCCCUAAAGAAAGGCCUCAUCCCCAAGGAACAGGGCCUGCGUCUGCUGGAUGCCCAGCUGUCCACGGGUGGUAUUGUGGACCCAAGCAAGAGCCACCGCGUGCCUCUGGAUGUUGCCUGUGCCCGGGGCUACCUGGACGAGGAGACCAACAGGGCCUUGUCAACACCCAGGGAUGACGCCAAGGUCUACCUUGACCCUAGCUCGUGUGAACCAGUGACUUAUAGCCAGCUCCAGCAGCGGUGCCGGCCCGACCAGCUGACAGGGCUGAGCCUGCUGCUGCUCUCAGAGAAGGCCAUCCGGGCCCGGCAGGAGGAGGUCUACUCUGAACUGCAAUCUAGGGAGACCUUUGAGAAGGCCACUGUUGAGGUCCCUGUGGGCAACUUCAAGGGCAGGACGAUGACAGUGUGGGAGCUCAUCAGUUCUGAGUACUUCACGGAGGAGCAGCGGCAGGAGCUGCUGCGACAGUUUCGCACAGGCAAGGUCACCGUGGAGAAGGUCAUCAAGAUCCUCAUCACCAUUGUGGAAGAGGUGGAGACCAAGCGGCAGGAACGGCUGUCCUUCAGUGGACUCCGUGCCCCUGUGCCAGCCAGUGAGCUUCUGGCCGCCAAGGUUCUCAGCAAAGCCCAGUUUGAGCAGCUCAAAGAUGGCCGGACAUCAGUCAAGGACCUCUCGGAGGUGAGCUCUGUGCAGACACUGCUGCAGGGCAGUGGCUGCCUGGCCGGCAUCUACCUGGAAGACUCCAAGGAGAAGGUGACCAUUUAUGAGGCCAUGCGCCGGGGUCUGCUCAGACCCAGCACAGCCACGCUUUUGCUAGAGGCCCAGGCGGCCACUGGCUUUCUGGUAGACCCUGUGCGUAACCAGCGCCUAUAUGUCCAUGAGGCCGUGAAGGCAGGUGUUGUGGGCCCUGAGCUACAUGAGAAGCUGCUGUCGGCUGAGAAGGCUGUCACUGGCUACAAGGACCCCUACUCGGGUACCACCAUCUCACUCUUCCAGGCCAUGAAGAAAGGUCUGGUGCUUAGGGAGCAUGGCAUCCGCCUGCUGGAGGCCCAGAUUGCUACUGGUGGCAUCAUUGACCCCGUGCACAGCCACCGCCUCCCUGUGGAUGUGGCCUACCAGCGUGGCUACUUUGAUGAGGAGAUGAACCGCAUCCUGGCAGACCCCAGCGAUGACACCAAAGGCUUCUUUGACCCCAACACUCAUGAGAACCUCACCUACCGGCAGCUGCUGGAACGCUGUGUGGAGGACCCUGAGACAGGCCUGCGCCUGCUUCCCCUGAAAGGGGCUGAAAAGGCUGAGGUGGUGGAGACCACACAGGUGUACACUGAAGAGGAGACCCGGAGGGCAUUCGAGGAGACACAGAUCGACAUCCCUGGUGGUGGCAGUCAGGGCGGCUCUACCAUGACCCUGUGGGAGGUGAUGCAGUCAGACCUGAUCCCUGAGGAGCAGCGGGCCCGGCUGAUGGCUGACUUUCAGGCUGGCCGAGUGACCAAGGAGCGCAUGAUCAUCAUCAUCAUUGAGAUUAUUGAGAAGACUGAGAUUAUCCGGCAGCAGAACCUGGCAUCCUAUGACUAUGUGCGCCGCCGCCUCACGGCUGAAGACCUGUAUGAGGCCCGGAUCAUCUCCCUUGAGAGCUACAACCUGCUGCGGGAGGGAACCAAGAGCCUCCGUGAGGUCCUGGAGGCAGAGUCUGCCUGGCGCUACCUCUAUGGCACAGGCUCAGUAGCUGGUGUCUAUAUGCCCGGCUCCAGGCAGACACUGACUGUCUACCAGGCCCUUAAGAAAGGACUGCUGGGUGCUGAGGUGGCCCGCUUGCUGCUGGAGGCACAGGCAGCCACAGGCUUCCUACUGGACCCGGUGAAGGGCGAGCGGCUCACUGUGGAUGAGGCUGUGCGGAAGGGCCUUGUGGGCCCCGAGCUGCACGACCGGCUGCUUUCAGCAGAGCGAGCUGUUACUGGCUACCGUGACCCUUACACCGAGCAGACCAUCUCACUCUUCCAGGCUAUGAAGAAGGAGCUGAUCCCUGCAGAGGAGGCCCUGCGGCUGCUGGAUGCCCAGCUGGCCACAGGAGGCAUCGUAGACCCCCGCCUGGGCUUCCACCUCCCACUGGAGGUGGCCUACCAACGUGGUUACCUCAACAAGGACACAUUUGACCAGCUCUCAGAGCCCAGUGAGGUGCGCAGCUAUAUGGACCCCUCAACGGACGAACGCCUCAGCUACACACAGCUCCUCCGGCGGUGCCGCCGUGAUGACAGCAGUGGCCAAAUGCUCUUGCCGCUCUCGGAUGCCCGCAAACUGACCUUCCGCGGCCUGCGCAAGCAAAUCACCGUGGAGGAGCUGGUGCGCUCACAAGUCAUGGAUGAGGCCACGGCACUACAGCUGCAGGAGGGCCUGACCUCUAUCGAGGAGGUCACCAAGAACUUGCAGAAGUUCCUUGAGGGUACUAGCUGCAUUGCUGGGGUCUUUGUUGAUGCCACCAAGGAGCGGCUGUCAGUGUACCAGGCCAUGAAGAAGGGCAUAAUUCGCCCUGGCACUGCCUUCGAGCUCUUGGAGGCCCAGGCAGCUACGGGCUAUGUCAUUGACCCUAUCAAGGGGCUUAAGCUGACUGUUGAGGAGGCUGUGCGCAUGGGCAUUGUGGGCCCCGAGUUCAAGGACAAGUUGCUGUCAGCUGAGCGUGCUGUCACUGGCUAUAAGGACCCCUACAGUGGGAAGCUCAUCUCCCUCUUCCAGGCCAUGAAGAAGGGUCUGAUCCUGAAGGACCAUGGGAUCCGCCUGCUGGAGGCCCAGAUCGCUACUGGCGGCAUCAUUGACCCCGAGGAGAGCCACCGGCUGCCUGUGGAGGUGGCCUACAAGCGUGGCCUCUUUGAUGAGGAAAUGAAUGAGAUCCUAACUGACCCUUCAGAUGACACCAAGGGAUUCUUUGACCCCAACACAGAGGAAAACCUCACCUACCUGCAGCUGAUGGAGCGCUGCGUCACUGACCCUCAGACUGGCCUGUGCCUCCUGCCACUGAAAGAGAAGAAGCGGGAGCGGAAGACAUCCUCCAAGUCCUCGGUGCGGAAGCGUCGUGUGGUGAUUGUGGACCCCGAGACAGGCAAGGAGAUGUCAGUGUAUGAGGCCUACCGCAAGGGUCUCAUUGACCACCAGACAUACCUGGAGCUGUCUGAGCAGGAGUGUGAGUGGGAAGAGAUCACCAUCUCCUCCUCAGAUGGUGUGGUCAAGUCCAUGAUCAUUGACCGCCGUUCUGGCCGCCAGUAUGACAUUGAUGAUGCCAUUGCCAAGAACUUCAUUGACCGCUCUGCACUGGAUCAGUACCGCGCUGGCACGCUUUCCAUCACUGAGUUCGCCGACAUGCUUUCGGGCAACGCCAGUGGCUUUCGCUCCCGCUCUUCCUCGGUGGGCUCCUCAUCCUCCUACCCCAUCAGCCCUGCAGUCUCUAGGACCCAACUGACCUCCUGGUCUGACCCCACCGAGGAGACGGGCCCAGUGGCUGGCAUCUUAGAUACAGAGACUCUGGAGAAGGUGUCCAUCACAGAGGCCAUGCACCGCAACCUGGUAGACAACAUCACUGGGCAGCGGCUGCUGGAGGCGCAGGCCUGCACCGGGGGCAUCAUUGAUCCCAGCACGGGUGAGCGCUUCCCUGUCACUGACGCUGUCAACAAGGGCCUGGUGGACAAGAUUAUGGUGGAUCGCAUCAACCUGGCCCAAAAAGCCUUCUCCGGCUUUGAGGACCCGCGCACCAAGACCAAGAUGUCGGCUGCCCAGGCGCUGAAGAAGGGCUGGUUGUACUACGAGGCAGGCCAGCGCUUUCUGGAGGUGCAGUACCUGACAGGUGGCCUGAUUGAGCCUGACAUGCCAGGCCGUGUGUCCCUGGAUGAGGCCCUGCAGCGCGGCACCGUGGAUGCCCGCACGGCUCAGAAGCUCCGUGACGUCAGCGCCUACUCGAAGUACCUCACCUGCCCCAAGACCAAGCUCAAGAUCUCCUACAAGGAUGCACUGGACCGCAGCAUGGUGGAGGAGGGCACAGGGCUGCGGCUGCUGGAGGCUGCUGCCCAGUCCAGCAAGGGCUACUACAGCCCGUACAGCGUCAGUGGCUCUGGCUCCACUGCUGGCUCGCGCACUGGCUCGCGCACUGGCUCCCGGGCCGGCUCCCGCCGUGGCAGCUUUGACGCCACUGGCUCUGGCUUCUCCAUGACCUUCUCUUCUUCCUCUUACUCUUCCUCAGGCUAUGGCCGCCGCUAUGCCUCAGGACCCUCGACUUCUAUGGGAGGACCUGAGUCUGCGGUGGCCUGACUCCCUGCCUGCACCCCACCCUCUCCCUCUGCAUGUGGCCAGGCUCCCUGCAAAGAUGCUGGGGUCUCUCUUUAACAUUUAAAGGUGUCUUCCUCCCAAGUGGUGCCUCAAGUUUAACCAAAAAAACCAGACUAACACAUUAAUGUCUAAUUGCUGUCCAGACAGCCUGUAUCUUGGGGGGGCAGGGCUGGCACAGCCCUAUUGACCACCGCACCCCACUCGGGUCUCCCCACUCCCUUCAACCUGCCACUCGCCACAGCCAGGUGCCUUGGAGGGUCCAGAGCCGGUCCCCAGCCCACUCUUCCUGUCUACCCAAGGAGGGUUUCGUGUGGGCAAGGCCCCAGCCCCAAAAGCCAACCCCACUGGAUGCCUACUGCCAGCCCUACGUGCCGAGGGCAGUGGGGUCAGGCCCGGCAGCAGAGGGCCCUCCGUCCUCUCAGGGUGCCCGCUUGGGGCCAGCGUUUUCCCCAGCGUGUUUCUUGGACGGGCCUGCUCCCUCGGUGGGUCCUGCUAGUGAGGGAAGGGCUGGGCCAGCCAUCUUUUCCAGCCUGCCCAGAGAAGCCCUUCCCCAUGGGAAGAUGAGGGUCCAGUCUGCAAGGCUCCCAGCCCCGACACUCACUCUCCCAGGACCCCGGCCUCCAGCUUCAGCCUUCCAGCCUCAGUUCCCUUGUAAGUGCCUUCUGUGUCCUCCCUCGUACCCGAGCCCUGAGGAUCCAGACCUGGGGUGGGAGACGGAUGUUCCAGAUGGGCGGUGCUGGGGAUUCUGCAUACCUGGCCUCCUCCUAGGCCCCCUGCCCACCUUGCUCCCAGGGAGCCCCAGUCCCUCUUGGCCCAGGAUUCUGGCUGGGCCGUGCCGGGAUCCCCACCAGUGCCCCUCAUCCAGCCAGCCCUUGGCCUUGGCGGCUCCCAGCCCCGCCUCCACCCUCUGACUGAGCUUUGCAUGCCCCACUAACCCAGGCUGGUGGCAGGUGGAGGUGCCAGGCAGAACACUAACCUGACCAUGGGUGGGGCCCUGCGGCACCCACCCCUCAAUAAAAGCAAUUCCAACCUUCCUGUG